AUGCUGUGGACAGCGCUGCUCACCCUGCUGCUGCUGCUGCUGCUCCAGGCCCAGCUGUACGCCUGCCUGCGGGAGCUUCGCACCUCCUCUGCCUCCUCCUCCUCAUCUUCCUCCUCCUCUUCAUCAUCCUCCACCUCCUCUUCUUCAUCAACAUCCGGCUCCACCACCACCUCCACCACCCAGCGGCUGCCGGGGGCCAUCAUCAUCGGGGUGCGCAAGGGCGGCACCAGGGCACUGCUGGAGAUGCUCAACCUCCAUCCAGACGUGGAGGUGGCUAAGGCAGAGGUCCACUACUUCAACCUGGAGGAGAACUACCGGCGUGGUCUGGCCUGGUACCGGGCCCAGAUGCCGCUCAGUGAACCGGGCCAGCUGACGGUGGAGAAGACGCCGGGCUACUUCACGGCGCCGCUGGCCCCGGAGCGGAUCUGGCAGAUGAACCCUUCCGUGAGGCUGCUGCUGAUCGUGCGCGACCCGGCUGAGAGACUCGUGUCCGACUACACGCAGGUGCUUCACAACCGUCUCCAGCGCCAAAAGCCCUACCAGCCUCUUGAGAAGCUGCUACGUCGCCGCCGCCGCAUCGACCCCGGCUACAAAGCCCUGCAGCGCAGCCUGUACCACGUCCACUUCCAGCGUUGGCUGGAGCACUUCCCGCGCGAGCAGAUCCACGUGGUGGACGGCGAGGCGCUGGUGCGAGACCCCUACCCGGAGCUGCGCAGGGCCGAGCGCUUCCUGGAGCUCGCGCCGCGCAUCAAGCCGUCCAACUUCUACUUCAACGCCACCAAAGGGUUCUACUGCCUCGUGUCCGCCGCCGGACACGACAAGUGCCUGGACGAGUCCAAGGGGCGGCCGCACGCCCCACUCCGCCCCAGAGCGUUCCACAAGCUGUGCCGCUUCCUGCGCGAGCCCAAUAGGCGCUUCUUCGAGCUGGUGGGGCAGACGUUCCCAUGGUGCUGAUGACUAACCAGGCCGUGCCCUCCAAGUGACGCAACACUUUCAACGUUGCAACUAGUCACGUCAAGAGCAAUGCAAGUACUUUCUGAGUUCCCGCAAAUACGUGAACUCCUCCCACUUUGUCGAUAAGCAAACAACCAUAAGCAAACCAAGGGAGGCAGGUCAACCAUGCCAUUUGGGAAACGUUAAUUGUUAUGCUCUUGGUCAGACCAAGUCUAGAAGAGAUUUGAACGUCGAUGAUAAUCAGGCUAGCUGAUGACAGCCUCUGAAAAUGACCUUGAUGAAGGCCACUAGACCGAAAUGUAGCACAAAUGAGGACAGUGUUCAGGACUGUUUUGCUAUGUAACGUUGGUGUUGUUUUGGAUCGUCUC